ACAAAUACCAGCUGAGGCUCCUGGAGCUGUGGGCUGCAGGCUGCGGGCGGACGGUUGGCGCCCUAGGAGAGGGACGGGCCUCUGAACUAUGGCUCUCCCUCGGCCAAGAGGCGAUAUUACCUUCUCCCCAGCAACAGUAAGGGAACAUCCUGUUUUUCCUGCAGUCAGCACAACACCCAGUCCCCUCCCAGACCCGAAGACUCUCCAUAAACGUAAGAUCUUUCAACACCGAAAAACCCCGCCACUUCAUUUUUCCGUGGGUGGCCGUCUGUCUUCAUGGCCUGCAUAUGCCAGUGCACAAGCUAUCUUACAGAACCGCAAACCCUGCUCAACCACCGACAAAACGGGGGCCAGAGACAAGCCCGCUCUCACCGUCGCAAAGCCCCGAUACCUGGAACAGCUAGAAGAUUACCUGAGAAAAGAGUUGCUUCUUCUGGACAUGACCAAGGACAAUGCUGAGGAGCUCAAACUCCAGCCUUACAGAGAGAUCUUUGAAUUCUUUAUAGAGGACUUCAAAACCUACAAACCCUUGUUGUCUUCCAUAAAGAAUGCAUAUGAAGUCGCGCUGGCUCACUUUAGGGAGAAGAUUAGGUCUCUGGAGCCACUGAAAGCCAUGCUAGUCACUGUUUCUGAAGACUGCAAUGAAAAAAUCCUGGCUAUCAGGGCAGAAGAGAGAUAUGAAAUCAAAAUGUUAAAGAAAGAGAAACUUAAUUUAUUAAAGCUCAUUGACAAAAAGAAUGAAGAGAAAAUCUCUCUGCAGACUCAGGUGACCAACCUACGAAAAAACUUGGCAGAGGAAUAUCUUCAUUUCCUUAAUGAACGAGAUGCCCGAAAGAUUCUUAUUGCAGAUCUUAAUGAACUUCGAUAUCAGAGAGAAGACAUGUCUCUUGCCCAGUCUCCAGAUGUGAGCAGAGAAGAUCCUGUAAAGUUAAACCUCGCUUUAAAGAUGUGUCGUCAAGACCUCACCAGAACUCAGAAGGAACUGAAUACGAUGAAGGCAAAUUUUGGGGAUGUUGUCCCCAGAAGGGACUUUGAAAUGCAGGAGAAAAAAAACAAGGCAUUAUUGGAAAUGACGGAGAUUUUAAAAACUGACUAUGAAGAGAUACGAAAAGAGUAUGACACACUGCUACAGAUUCAUAUGACGAUUGUCAAAGAUAGGGAUGAAUUCUACACUGAGUUGCAGGAGAUACAACGAACAUCCACUCCCAGGCCUAAUUGGACUAAGUGUGAAGGUGUGAUAUCAGGGGGACAAGAACGCUGGCGCUUUUUGUCUCAAGGGAAAAGCAGCGACCAGCUUGUUGAUGUGCUGCUAGAAGAGAUUGGUGCAGGACUUCUCCGAGAAAGAGAAACCUUUCAGGGCCUGGGCAUUACUGAAGACAUACCCGAGUUCCUUCGGACUGAAGGGUUCAUCCGAAACAAAAAGCUAAGCAAAAAGGAAGUGGUGGACAUCAUCAAAGAUAUCUGGAAAGAGCGGAUGGCUGAAGAACAGAAAGAGAAAACUACCACCUUGGGCCAGUUUUUCCUCAGCUACCUGCAAAAACGCUUUGGGGAGGCCUCUGCCAUGGACUGGUCCUACACCAUUUUUGAAAACAUCAGACUCUUUCACUCCAAUGAGGUCAUGAAACUGUUUCAUGAUAUCUUGACAGGACUGGCAAAAGAAAAUGUAUUCCUUGACCAGAAAGAGCUCGAAUCUUAUCUGCUGAAGGAGUUGACUACGGCUGACAGCCAGAAUGAAGGAAGCCUCACCCUAGAUCAGUUCAGCACAGUGCUCAAGACCGCCUUUCCCCUCAAGACAGAGGAACAGAUUCAGGAGUUGUUGGAUGUGGCCAAGGACCCAUUAGAGGAGCUUGAUAUCAUUUACUACCGAAUCUUGUUUGCUGAGGAUGAAAUGGGUGUUUCAGGGCCCUUUGUCCAUAAACUGUGGAGUCAGGCCCAAAAUGAGAAGCAGGCCUAUCUACAGGAGUUGGAGACAGAACUAGGAGCUAACAAGUUGGCCGAGAUAACCCCAGGACAGCUGCGCCAGGCCCUGAUUUCCAUUGACCCCUCUCUGGAUGAGCAAACCCUGGACUACUACGUGAGCCAGGCCUUCAACACCCCUAUAGCAGAACUGGAUGCAAACACCCUCGAGGAAGAAGAGGUCCUGCUAGCCCACUUACAAACUGGAACUUUCAAGAGGAUGGGCCCUCGAGAGCUUGAGCCUAGUUCCUAGACUGUCUUCUAGCCAACCAAAUGAAAACUCCCACCCUUGUCCAAGGAAAGAGGGACAGAGGUCAAAAGCCACUCCAAACCACAGCCUUCUUCCCUUCCUCCACCCCCAUUACAAGAGCAAAGAUUCUUUAAUUUUGAAAACAAA